AUGAUAGCCUCAUUACGCCGCGGGUUGAUUGCCGCUCUCUUGCUGUCAGGGACGGUCGCUGCACAAGAUGAUGCCGCCGGACACGACAGCGUCGAGGACUGGCGGGCAGCACACGUCCGCACAUCGGGAGAUGCCAUGAAGCCUUGUCCUCCGCCGUGCCAGGAAGAAUCAUCUUCUGAAUCUGAAAAGGCAUCUUUCCUCUUCUCCGAUGCCGUUGGUCUGGCUGCCUGCAACGAGACCAUGAUAGUGAGCGUGGCCGUUCAAAACAGCAACAUAGAUGGCACUCCUAGGCCAGUUGCAAUCAGAGCAUGCAAAGCCGAAUUCACAUCCAGAUAUGACGCUUUUACACCGCAAGAGGAUGUUGCCGCCAUUUGCUCAACGCCUAACCAUAGAAUCAUCCAGGCCUCCAUCUCCAUGGGGGAGCUCAGCUCUGCCAAUGGCAACAACAAGUUUGUCACUGGGCACCUCCUGGAAGCGGGCAAACAACUUCUCAACUCGCUCGGCGCAAAGAAGCCUUCUUGCACCGAUAAUUUCCUAAGCUUUGGCUACUCGCAGUCUUCCGUCAUUGGUCUCUUUGGAGGUCUCGAGCUUCACCAGCAUGGUGUACCUGCCGAGGUCCUGAACAAGUUCCUGGAGCAUGCCCGGGAGAAAUCCAUCUCCAAGCCUACCCUUGUUCAACUCUGCAACGAAGGAGAACGUGGGGCCGACUAUGCCGUCGGUAUCAUUGCCGUCAGUUCUCAGGACUUUUCUUUGGCCCAAGACGCGGUCAAGGCAUGGGCAGAUGGACGUUGUGUCUCGGCUAACACCAACAACAAUCCAGGCUGGACGGCCGUCACUAUCCGCGUCCCAGAAAUCGCCAGAGACUCCAGAAACACCACCAGCACUCAACCGUCACAGGAGGUCUCUGAUUCUGGAGAUGCUGCCCAUAUCUGGGGAAAGUCGCGUCUUGCCGCGAGGGCCACCUGCAAGACGCAAACGGUCAAAGCGAACGACGGCUGCGCCUCGGUGGCCGAGCGAUGCGGCAUUAGCCAGGCUGAUCUGAAAAAGUACAAUCCUGCAUCCAACUUCUGCUCUACACUUGUCCCUGGCCAGGUGGUCUGUUGCUCUUCAGGCCAGCUGCCCGAUAAAAUCCCCCCGGCCAACUCUGACGGCACCUGCAAAACCGUCAGUGUCAUAGCCGGCGACGGCUGCACAUCCCUGGCGUCAAAGUGCAAGCUGGCUGCAGCAGACUUCACCGCGCUUCACCCAGACAAGAACUUCUGCUCAAGCCUGGCCGUUGGCCAGCCCGUGUGCUGCACGCGUGGCAAGCUGCCCGAUCUGAAACCCAAGCCAGGUAAGGAUGGGUCGUGUGCGACGUACACUAUCAAACCGGACGAUGGCUGCUCUGCCAUUGCUGCCUCCCAUGGCCUGACACAAAAGGACAUUGAGGAUUUUAAUAAGAAGACUUGGGGCUGGACUGGCUGUAACCCGCUCUUCCAAGGAAGCGUAAUCUGUCUGAGCACAGGGACACCUCCUUUUCCAGCCUCUGUUGGAGAUGCCCAGUGUGGACCGACGGUGCCCGGUACCAAGAUGCCGCAAGGCAGCACCAGUGAUGACUGGGCUAAGCUUAACCCUUGCCCUCUCAAUGUCUGCUGCAAUAUCUGGGGCAAGUGUGGUUUCACAGAUGACUUUUGCAUUCUUUCCAAGUCCGUAACUGGUGCACCCGGUACUUCCGGGGUCAAGAAUGGAUGUAUCGCUAGCUGCGGCAGAGAUAUUGUUAAAGGUAGCGCGCCUCAGAAGACGCUUCGAGUCGCGUAUUUUGAGUCUUGGAACGGCAACCGCAAAUGCUUGACCAUGGAUGUCAAUCAGAUUGACACUAGCAAGUACACGCAUAUCCACUGGUCCUUUGCUAAUGUCACCAAAGAUUUCAAAGUUGACGUUGGCGGCGCACAAGCACAAUUUGAUAUGUUCAAGGGCAUGACUGGGGUUAAGAGGGUCAUCUCGUUUGGCGGUUGGGACUUUAGCACCAAACCAAAUACGUUUAACAUUCUGCGAGAGGCUGCCAAGUCGGGGAAUCGCGACACUUUCCGCAAGAAUAUCAUUGACUUCCUUGGCAAGCAUAGCCUGGACGGCGUUGACAUUGACUGGGAGUAUCCAGGUGCUCCUGAUAUCCCGGAUAUCCCUGCCGGUGAUCCUAAUGCUGGAGAAGAUUAUUAUCAGCUGCUCAAGAGCAUUAAAGACUCUGUUGGCACUAAGUAUUCCGUUUCGUUUGCAGCCCCAGCUUCAUACUGGUACCUCAAGGCUUUCCCCGUCGAAAAGAUGGGCAAGGCGCUUGAUUAUAUUGUUUACAUGACAUACGAUCUUCACGGCCAGUGGGACUACAACAAUAAGUGGACGUCUUCCGGCUGUCCUACCGGAAACUGUCUUCGCUCUCACGUGAACGAGACGGAAACAAAGGAUGCCUUGGCUAUGAUCACAAAGGCGGGCGUGCCAUCUAACAAGGUUGUUGUCGGCGUCGCCAGCUAUGGGCGCUCUUUCAAAAUGGCCACAGCCGGUUGCGAUGGACCAAUGUGUACAUUUACAGGCAGUCCAAGGCAGUCCAACGCCUAUGCCGGCCGCUGCACAAACACUGCAGGCUACAUUUCUAACGCGGAGAUUAAAGAGAUUAUUGCUUCUGGGAAAAUCAACAAGCAGUGGGUUGCUGCUGGAUCUGAUAUACUGGUCUACAAUAACACCGAGUGGGUGGCUUACAUGAAUAACUCGAUCAAGUCGGACCGUGAAAAGCUCUACGCGUCCUACAACAUGGCAGGAACGAGUGAUUGGGCUGUUGAUUUGCUGGAGUUUCGCGAUGGUAGUGACCUUGAUGCCGGGGCUGCUGCCGACUUUCCGCUCGACUACGAGUACGAGAUUGAUACAAACUUCUUCAGCCAGUGUGAUGCCAGCUACGACUCCCUGGAUGCCCUAGAGAGCCGCAAGGACAAAAUCCCUGACCAUUGCAUGAAUAUCUACAUUGCCAAAGUGGAAGCCAAGAUCAUGAGCGAUGCCCUGAGCCAGUAUGACGACCUUGUUGACGACGGCUACGACGACAAGUUCAACACGUUUCAGGCAUACGUCAAGCAGCAAAUACCCGAUCAGAUCAAUGCAUUUAUGGGCAACGGAAAAGCCGGUGACUACUUCAAGUGCGAGGAGACGGGCGAGCACAAUUGCUGUGGUAGUUGCCGCUACUUCUGCGAUGAUGACAGCAACAAAGACUGCGAUAACUCUAAAGACUGCAAAAACGGCCGCGGCACAUUCCAGAUUACGUGUCCGACAGAGUUUGAGUACGGCGAGGUUGGAAAUUGGCUUUCCGAAGACGCGGCUCCAAACACCACAUUCACGCUCCAGAAUGAGGAUGGUUUCUACAAAGCCAUCUACGAUGACUACGGCGUUGAAAAGGAUUGGAUAAAGUUUGGCAGUACCCACGUCUACUUGAAGAACGGCUGCCAAUACUCGGAUGAUAUUAACCAGUGUGCAUGGAACAAUGAUAAUUGGUACUGGAAUUACCCUCAGGCCAGCGACGAUGUCAAGGUUUCCAACCCCAAGGAUAUUAUUGGAGACUCAGAUGACAAGUCGAGAGAUUUGCUGUCAAGACUCAAUGUCUUGAUUACCAUGGCCGACUACGACGAGCUCGAGGACCCGGCUGAUCUGGUCGACGCGGCGAUGCUCCCUGCCCUGAGUAUAAGCUCAGCCGUCAGCAGCAUGGGCGAUGUUGCCAAACAGGCCGAGGAGAUCAAGAAGGCCGAACGCCAGGAAAUGAUCCUCUCCUUUAUCACCGGCGUCCUCUUCUUCAUCCCAUUUGUCGGCUCGGCCGCCGGUGCCGCGGGCCUGACCACCGUCCGCACCAUCCUCGGCAUGCUUGGCCCGGCGGCCGACGCCGGCCUGCUGACGUGGGGCAUCAUCGAGGACCCGGACAAUGCUUUCGCCACCAUCUUUUCGACUCUGGCCACUGCGGGUAUAGGCGCUGGCGGCUGGGGCAGGGCGGCGAGGGCGAAGCGCGGCAUGUUGGUCAAGGACAUUGACGCCCUGGGCAGUAUCAAGGAUAAGGUCAAUCGAUUUGAUGAUGUGAAGGUGGCGUCUUGUAAGCUCUAA